AUGAGUUGUCGUUCGUUAAGCUGGGUGUUGUUGUUGAUUGCCGUGGCGUGUAGCUUGAUCUAUGUGACCACAUUGCAUCUGGAUACACCAGGCAUUGAAAAAAUUACGAAAGGAAAUUUUCGUCAAUGGAGUUUCCAAUUUAUAGACGGUAAGACUGGAUAUGAGUCACGGCCAAAAGAUGAGCAGACCGCCAGCGAGGUUAGAGCUGUUCCUGAGGAGACGGUGGUUGUGAUGGCUCGGGCAGAUAACGAUACCCUGGUGUUUGUUUCAUCAGACGAGUUCGGUACUUUUACUAUCAGCAGUGAGUCAACCACAUUUUCUGAUGACCCAACGACGCUGUCGUUUGUAUUUCUGACGAGUCUGAGUCUGUCGUCAUCGUUUGCCCAGCGUACAAGCAGCAGAGUCAUUUCGUCGAGUUCUUCUUCGAAUACUCAACCUACCAGUCUGUCGCAGAGAACAACGACAAGACAAGAAGCUCUGUCGCUGAAGGAGACUCCUGCCCUGGAAACCCAGCAAGAUAGUACCACUAGCUCACCAGAAACCACCAGCUCUUCUCUGCAAAGUGACCAAAUCACCACAACCUUUCUGUCGGUUGACAAUGGAAGGACGGUGGUUGUCACCAGAACCAUCGAUAGCGAGCGGACCAAUCAACCUAGCGCUGCCUCUGGUGACCGUGGCAACAGCAGCGGAUCCAGUGGACUCUCGAACACCAAUAAAAUCGUUGUAGGUGUAGUUGUUGGCGUUGGAGGUGCGAUUAUCAUUGGCAUUAUUUCAAUCUUGUUUCUCCUCAAACGAAGGACGAACAAAGACCAAGAAGGAGGAUGGACGUUCUGGAGGAAAAACGAGAAGGGAGAUGAUAGCGAUCUCCUCAGUGGCGAGCUUGGGGUGCGUGAUAGAAAUAUCAACCAAGGAUCUAAUUUUUAG